AAUGUUCAAAUCGUUUAAAGUACUAUGACACUUUAUAACCAUGAAAUUUUGUUAUAUACUACUUGAAACAUAUUUUCGAAGAGAUUCAGAAUAAAAAUUGCACGAUGAAGUAACAAUUCAUUAUUAUAAACAUCAAAUCAGCAAUCGAAUCGAAGCAUCAAAAUGUGUCAAAAAUAGUAUCAAAGUAUGGAAUUUCUGAAUCCUACAGUUAAGAAUCUAUCCAAGGAGUAUAAAGAUUUUCCUCCGGGAUGCGUGCAUUGUCCGAGAGGGAGCAAACCAGGAAAUCCUGGUGUAUUUGAGGAAAUUCAUAAAAAGUUUGAUAACUUGAAUCCGAAUUUAUUUAAUGCCAAUCAAAUAGGCGAAGAGAAAGAAGGAUACAAGUUCGCAAGUUCGUAUAUAGGAAUCAAAAGAGUUGGAUAUAAAGAGAGGUAUCCAAUACUGUAUGGUGAUAUUACUCCAAGUGGUAAUUUGACAGCAAACCUUAUACAGACUAUUGGCUGUAGACUAAGAUUUAAAUUUGCGACGCAAGUCAAGAGGAACAAGUUCAAAAAUUCAAAAACAGCUAUAGAAUAUCGUUCAGACGACUACACGAUUACAGCCUCUUUAGUAAAUCCACAUAUUCUUAAACAGGAAGGUUUGUUACUUCUGCAAUUUUUACAAGCAAUCACAUCAAGAGUAACGCUGGGAGCUGAAAUUGCUUAUGAAAUGAAUUCUAAAUUGCCAGGAAGGCAACAAGCAAAUUUGGCUCUUGCUUUGCGUUACAGUACCGGUUUCUGUACGUUUUCGUCUACAUUUGGUCAAGCCGGCGUUCGCCUUUGCUAUCAUCACAAGCAAAGCCAACAAUUACAAAUGGGAGUUGAAUUUAAAUCAAACUUCAGAACACUUGAAUCAGAAUGUAAAAUUGUCUACCAGUUAGAUCUGCCACUGGCUGACUUAGUUUGUCAAGGAUUUGUGGACACACACUGGAGAGUUGGAGCAGUUCUUGAAAAGAAACUAUAUCCCUUGUCUCGGGCAUCGUUAGCCCUCAGUGGGCUAAUAGACCACAAUAAACAAAAUGUUAGUGUUGGUAUUGGACUUAAUAUUACAUAGUACCUAUUAUAAUACAAAUUGUAGAUGUAUAAUAAAAUUUAGAUGAAAUAGUGAAA